AUGCCAAUCCCUACGUCUGCGGUAAUUAUCGGCGGGUCCGUUGCCGGUCUCUUGCAAGGUCUACAACUAAAGCGUCAAGGGGCGAACGUCAUAAUCCUUGAGCAGGAUCCCUCCAAAGACCGCCACAGCCACGAAUCAGGUGUAUCAAUUGGACCGACGGUAGUGAAACUGUUGGAAAAAUAUGACGCCACAGGUCGACCAGCCGCCAUCCCAGCUCGGUUCCUCAGCUUUGCAUGGAGGCAACGGCUUCGCGUUGCGAGUAUGGUUUGGAACCAUAAUAUGAGCAACUGGGGUUGUCUUUACCUCAUUCUGCGUGCAAACUUUGAUGGUUUUGAAUCACAGACUGUGCCUCAGCCACCGGCUCCGAAGGAAACAGAUGGUCUGGUUGAGUAUCGACCUGGCAAACGUGUGACAGGUGUCACCUAUGAUAAGGACAAGGGCCUUGUUCAUGUCGAGUAUGUGGAUGUUUUGAAGGGGGACAUCGGCAGUGUUAGCUCAGAGAUGGUUAUCGCUGCUGAUGGUGUGCAUUCCACUGUUCGGAAGAUUUUGCAGGUCCCCACGCGUAGGGAUUAUGCUGGGUAUAUUGGAUGGCGUGGGACUGUUCCCGAAGCACUGCUAUCCAAAGAAACGGUGGAGUAUUUCUCCAAUCGACUUAAUUUCACAUUGAUGAAGGGGACAUAUUUCAUUAGCUACCUCAUCCCAACCGAAGCUGGCGACAUCCAGCCCGGUAAACGCCUCGUCAACUGGGUCUGGUACUUCACCGUACCGGAAGGAUCACGAGAAAUGGAAGAGAUCUUCACAGAUGUCCAAGGAAAGACUCAUACUAACACCGUGCCACACGGCCAAAUUAGACCCGAAAUCUGGUCCAAGCAGAUAGCUCGUUAUGUGUCGGGUAUGACACCACACUUGGCGGAGAUUGUCACCAAGACGCCGCGACCGUUCGUCACAAAAGUUGCAAGUGAUCUGAAAUAUAUUAAGCUUGACAUUUCCCUCGAAGGCCAGUGA